AUUAAAAUCAUCCUUCUUAUUGAAAAAUUAGACGAACAAAAAAAAAAAAGACUCUCUGCACUUUCUUCUUCUUCUUCUCGCUGCUCCUCCCGAAGCUCAGAACGAUGCCGAGGUAUUACUGUGAUUAUUGUGACACUUAUCUCACCCACGAUUCCCCAUCGGUGAGGAAGCAGCACAACGCCGGUUACAAACACAAGGCGAAUGUGAGGAUAUACUAUCAGCAAUUCGAGGAACAGCAAACACAAAGUCUGAUUGAUCAGAGAAUUAAAGAGCAUCUUGGCCAAGCUGCAGCGUACAAUCAGGUUGGUGGUGCGUUUAACCAGCAUAUGCUCGCUAGACCACGCCUCCCUAUGAUGCCUAUGCCUAUGGGGAUGCGACCUCCUGUUCUCCCUAGACCCAUGAUGCCUGGUCAAGGUUACAUGCCACCUCCGGGAGUACCACAGAUGAUGGCACCGCCUGGUGCUCCUCUACCACCGCCUCCACAAAACGGUAUGCUUAGGCCACCAGGAAUGGCUCCAUUACCAGGUCAAGGUGGUGGACCACCUCCCAAUUAUAAUGGACUUCCUCUUCCUCCGCCUCCUCCUUAUCAAACAAAUCCAGCUGCUGCUGCUGCUGCUGCUCCGCCGAGCGGUGGCUUCAACAAUCCGAACCCUGGUGGUGAAUCUCCUGAAAGCAAUGAGUAGAGUUUAGGUCUGUUGAGUUGUUUUUCUCCUGCCAAAAACAUUCUCAGGGCUCUUGUUUAGCAUUAUCUUUUCUAAUUAAUGUAUGUGCAAUGCAUAAAUUUUCAUGUGCUAAAUUUGUCUUUUUGUAGAAUGUUGAAAGGUCUCUUAUAACGAACAGUCAUCAGUCCUGUUUGUGAAAGAUUUUGAUAAGAUGGCUUUCAUUCA